UUUUCUUCUCUUACCACAACCUCCUCUACGUUCCUCAAUCCCAUAUCUUCCUCUGCCACAUACAUCAUUGCUCGCGCAUAGCAUACGGUCCAUUAGAUCAUACUUGCAUCUGCUAGAAUUGGUCGACCCCCCGACUGCAUCGCCUUGCCGUGCAAAGCUCGGUUAUUCAAUCAUCCAACAAUUACAGCGAGACACAGAGACACAUACUAACCAACAUCACGACAAUAGCGUCUCAGGAUCCAUUCAGUUGAGCAUCUUGGGAUAUCACUGAAUUGCUGGACUCAGGCACAGACUUCCACGACAAGUUCUGGUUGCUUAAUCGACAACAUUACUAACCCUUCGAGAUCUUGAUUGAUUCUCGAGACUUCGAUCGAAACAUUAGAUUGUCCAUUCGAUCAUUAACAGAUCACACAUCAUGGCAACUACAGCCGUAUCAACCCCUCUGAAGAGCCAUCAUGGCAUCUUCUCCACAAAGACUGCAGGUGGCAGAAUGCCUCUCACCCCUUCACCGAGAAGCAGGACAACCAGCAUGCCCACCAAUGUCUCCGCAAAAUCAUCCCCCUCUACUCCUCUGCGCAAAGACCAAUCCAUCCACAAGUCGGAUCCCUCUAGCUUCUUCUCUCGAUCCACCUCGCGAUCGGUUUCCAAAUUUGCCUACGCAAGCUCCCCAAAGUCCAACAUCGCCAAAGUUAGACACUCACCGAAGCAACUCGAGCUUGGUGUGUCAGAAUGGACCUUGACUGGCACUGGGCCAAACACCUCCACGCCAUCGAGGGAGAAGUCUAGAAAAGAGACUGCUUUGAGAUCAAGAGUAGGAAAGACCACCAUCAGACUUCCACACAACACUGCAGACCGUUUCAUCCCGAAUCGCACUGCGAGUGCCGGUCUUGCCACCGCAGGUGCAGCCAAGCAUGAUGAGAACACUCGUCCUCGCACUGCUGACGGAUCUAUUGUCCUAGCGAAUGCUGCCAGUGCUUUUGAUAUCUCUGCCCGAGGAGCUGAUGCAGACAUCACUACUGCUCUUGAAAGCCUCGGUCUAGAGGACGACAACACAACUUCAUCUUACACCCGCACAAACCCAGAAUCAACCGCAUACGAAUCAACUUUAGCUUCUGCCUGCGGCAUUUCGACCAGUCAGCGGAUCCUCGAAUUCAAGCCUGCUCCUCCUGAGUCAUCCAAGCCUAUUGAUCUCCGAUCCCAAUACAACCGACCACUGAAGCAAGCUAAUGCUCAGUCUGCACAGUUCCGCCGACGCAUUCAAUCUGCUCCAGAACGUGUGCUUGAUGCACCCGGACUUGUCGACGACUACUACCUCAACUUGCUCGACUGGAGCGCAGGCAACCAAGUUGCUAUUGGGCUCGAACGCAAUGUCUAUGUCUGGUCGGCUGAAAGUGGCACAGUGAGCUGCUUGCUGGAGACUUCUCCAGAUACUUACAUCAGCAGUGUGAAAUGGUCUGGCGACGGCGCUUAUGUUGGUGUGGGCCUCGGUUCCGGGGAAGUCCAAAUCUGGGACGUCGAAGAAGGUACCAAGCUUCGAAGCAUGUUCGGUCACGAAACCCGCGUUGGUGUGAUGGGAUGGAACAAGCACACUUUGUCGACCGGUGCCCGCAGUGGCCUCGUCUUCAACCAUGACGUCCGUGUCGCUCAACACAAGGUUGCCGAGCUCGUAUCCCAUACUUCGGAAGUAUGCGGCCUUGAAUGGCGUUCCGACGGUGCUCAACUUGCGACCGGAGGCAACGACAACUUGGUGUCAAUCUGGGAUGCUCGAUCACUCGCAGCUCCUAAGUUUGCCAAGAAGAAUCACCGUGCCGCAGUCAAGGCUCUUAGUUGGUGUCCAUGGCAAUUGAACCUUCUGGCAACUGGCGGUGGCUCUAAUGACCGACAUAUCCACUUCUGGAACACGACUACCGGAGCCCGCGUCAACAGCAUCGACACUGGAUCACAAGUGACCAGCCUGAAGUGGAGCAACCAUUACCGCGAGUUGGUGAGCUCUAGCGGCUUCCCUGAUAACUCAUUGAGCAUCUGGAGCUAUCCUACCUUGGUGCGCAAUGUGGAGAUCCCUGCACACGAAACUCGAGUCCUUCACAGCUGUCUGAGCCCAGAUGGCCAAAUGUUGGCAACAGCGGCGGCUGAUGAGAGCUUGAAAUUUUGGAAAGUAUUCGAGCGGAAAGCGGGAGUCACUGCUUCAGCAUCCAGAGAAGGCGGCGUCGGCAAAGGCGGGGCAAUGGCAAAGCAAAUGACUAUUCGGUAAUGCUGGUCUUUGAGACUACGACCUUGACCUCCGUCGACCAGAAAUGGACUGGUACUUCUUCUUUUCAUGCAAGGUGUUGGGGGCGGAUUGGGGCCAUAAUUUGGAGAACGAUGAUAAUGAGGCUCUUCUUCUUGAGGACCAUGACAUGGAUGGUUCGGUUAUGAUGAUUUUGUACUGUACGACUUGAUUCCUGCUUGUUGGAUUUGAUGAUGAGUCAAACAUACAACCUCGCACUGGGUCUAUCCAGGUCCAAUACUGCGAGUUAGCUAGCCAGUUGACACAGUACUCCGUAUGUCAGCUUGUUUGACCAAAAGUUCCCCGGCUUCAAGGACGUUUACCAUAGCACAAUUGUUCAUGAAGGCGGCAGCUCAGCCAAGGCGUCCUCGGCCCAACGAGCAUUCAAGUCCAUGUAUGAUCCGGCGCUUACUUGCAGCAAGGAGAAGCCUCUCU